UUCCUCUCCUCUCAGAACCACUGUUUCCAAACCAUCUGCGCACUCUUGUUUAAUCCCUCUGCCGCACCUGAACCAAGCCAUGCCCAUCGCCGAGCUCUUUCUUGGCGCCUUUCUGCAGGUGCUGUUUGAUAGGUUGGCCUCUCCCCGGCUGCUCAACUUUGCGCGGCGCGAGGGGAUCGAUAAGCUGCUGAAUAAAUGGGAUAAGUGGCUGACCAGUAUCGACCAGGUGCUGGUUGAUGCAGAGGACAGGCAACUGACUGGCGAUCGCAGGGUGAAGUCGUGGCUUGAAGAUCUCAGGGACUUGGCCUACGACAUCGAAGACUUGCUUGAUGAGUUCGCCACAGAGUCCGCUGACAACAAGCCCAAGGCAAAAACCAGCACUAGCAAGGCCCGUUCCCUUCUUCCGAGUUGUUGCUUCAGAUUGAGCCCGAGAGCUAUUAUGCUCGACCACAAAAUGAGAUCCGAGAUAGAAGAUAUGGACCGCAGAUUACAGGAGAUCAUAACUCAGAAAAAUAGUCUCAGCCUCAGAGAGAAUAAUGGGCAACAAUCAGCACACUGCCGACUGGAUAAGCUGCUUCCCACUACGCAUUUGUCCGAGCCUUGUUUUGUUAGUAGGGAGGUCGAAAAAAUGGAGAUCCUCAGAUCACUGAUCGGAGAAGAAGAUAAUGGAACAUGUGCGGAUCUACAAGUGAUUCCCAUAGUAGGGAUGGGGGGUGUUGGGAAGACAGCUCUGGCUCAGCAAGUCUACAACGAUGCUAGAGUCACCAGCUGUUUUGAGAAAAAAGCUUGGGCUUGCGUUUCCUAUGAGUUCGAUGUGCUUGCUAUUACAAAGAGAAUACUAGAGGCAACCAACGGCCAAUCGCCCUGCGAAGGUAAGGACUUGGAUUGGCUUCAAGAUAAGCUCAAGGAAAAUCUUUCCGGGAAGAAGUUUCUUGUAGUAUUAGACGAUGUUUGGAACGAGAAGUAUGGACAUUGGACUUCCCUCUUGAAGCCUCUUCAAUCGGGGGCAAAGGGAAGCAAGAUAAUCGUCACGACUCGUAACCACCGUGUUGCUUCAAUAGCCGGUGCGCCACCAAAAACUCUUGAAGAGUUGCCCCUAGAUGCUUGUAUGACUUUGUUUGCAUUUCAUGCUUUUGGAGUCGAAAAUUUCGAUCAGCAUCUCGAUCUUGAAGUACUAGGUCGGAAAAUAGUUGAAAAAUGCAAGGGGUUGCCAUUAGCGGUGAAGACAUUGGCCGGGAUGCUACGCACUGAAGUCAAUCCCCAUACAUGGGAAGCUAUAUUGAACAGCAAAAUUUGGGACUUACCAGAAGAGAGAAAUGAGAUCCUUCCAGCUUUGAAACUUAGCUAUCUCCACCUCCCUUCCAAUCUGAGAAGAUGUUUUGCUUACUGUGCUAUAUUUCCCAAGGACUAUGAAAUCCAAAGGGACGAGUUAAUUCGCUGGUGGAUUGCAGAGGGCUUGGUGGAGGGAAAAGAAGGAAAGAACCGUUGGAAUGCAGGUUUGGAUUAUUACAAUGAGCUAGUGUCUAGAUCGUUAUUUCAAAAGUCGAGCAGUCAUGGGUCACGAUUUUUGAUGCAUGAUCUUGUGAAUGACCUAGCAAAGCUAGUUGCUGGUGCAACUUAUUUUGACUCGGGAGAGCUUGAGGGUGAUCACAAAAAUGCAUCUUUAACUCGUCACGCCUCAUUCAUCCCUAGCAGUGACAUUAUGUCGAAAAGACUCAAGAUAUAUCAUCGAAUGCAGGGACUUAGGAGCUUCAUAUCGUUAGAGAAGAAAUCUGGGUACUAUGAUAGGUCCUUUUUGUCCCAGCAAGUGCUAGCUGACUUGUUGUCUGAAUUGAAGUACUUGAGGGUGCUUUCUUUAAGCUGCUAUUACAUAAGCGAGGUACCAAAUUGCAUUAGCAGAUUGAGACACCUAAGGCACCUCAAUUUGUCGUAUACUAAUAUUGAAACGCUUCCAAAGUCAGUUGCUGCAUUGUACAACCUAGAGGCUUUGAUAUUGCGGGGCUGUUACAAACUUGUCGAAUUACCUGAAGAUUUGGAGAAACUGAUCAAUCUAAGAUUUCUCGACAUCACCGACACUCCAAGCCUAAGAGCGAUGCCGUUGUGUAUAGGCAAUUUGGUGGGUCUUGAGAUGUUGUCCAAGUUUAUAGUGCAAGCAGAAAAUGGCUCGAGGUUGAAGGAGUUAAAAAGCCUUGGGAAUCUUGAAGGGGAAUUGUGCAUCUCUGAUUUGCAUAUGGUUCAAGAAGCCAAAGAUGCCAACGAUGCCUGUUUACACACGAAGAAGGGACUGUGCCGAUUAACCAUGCGAUGGACUGAAGAUUUUGCUGGUUUCCGAAACGAAGAGCUUGAAGCAAAAGUCCUCGACUUUCUUCGCCCUCACAAGAACCUUGAAAACCUCGCAAUAUCCUACUAUGGUGGCCUACAAUUCCCAUUGUGGUUGGGAAGUCCCUCUCAUGUUAACAUAGUGCGUUUGCGUUUACAUGGGUGUUGUAGGGCCAAAGCAUUACCAUCACUUGGGCAGCUAUCUUCGCUCGAAGAACUGGUCAUCGAAGGUCUAAAUGCUAUACGCACGGUAGGGCAAGAACUUUAUGGAACCAAGUAUCCUUUUCCGUCCCUAAUAACUUUGGAAUUCAAGGACAUGCCAUUGUGGGAGGACUGGUCUCAUUACUUCGGCACUGAAGAAGUCGGAGUUGUAUUUCCCCGUCUUGAGCAUCUCGUCAUUAAGGAUUGUCCUAAGUUGAUAGGAAGAUUGCCUAGUCAACUGAACUCCCUCACAAAGCUCGAAAUCGACUCCUGCCCGCGUAUGGAUGCCACGCCCUCUAUCAUUAGCCUUCCAUCUCUCAAUGAAUUGAAGUUUGGAGGUUGUAAGGAGGGGGUGCUGAAGAGUUUGGUAAAUAUGGCAUCUCUAACCGCUCUUGUCAUAGAAGAUGUGGUUGAUCUGACUUGCAUAAAUCAUGGAUUUACGAGCUCCUUGAUCAAGCUGGAGAAGUUGGAGAUGAAAAGUUGUAAAGAGUUAAUGUACUUGUGGCAGGACAGAAAUGUGAUUCGAGAUCUCGGUUGUCUAAAGAGCUUAGUCGUCCGAAGUUGUCCUGGACUCGUAUCUCUUGCAGCUGGAGAAGAAGACAUAGAGCUGCCCGUCAACCUCGAGACUAUGGAAGUGGCAAGUUGUGUCAAUUUGGAGAAGCUCCCAAGCAAGAUGCACACCCUCUCAUCUCUGAGAGAUUUGGCCAUUGAGAAGUGUCCAAAACUCGCAUCAUUUCCCGAAACAGGUAUACCGACCUCAGUGAUAUCAUUAAGAAUCAGAGACUGCGAGAUGUUGCAAUCUUUACCCAUCAUAGGAGGAUUAAGUAGUCAUCCGGAGGAACCAAGCAGCAGCAGCAGUAGAAAUAACCACGUUGACCUGACGUCUUGCCUGCAAGAAAUAAGAAUCUGGGGAUGCGAUUCUCUGCCGGCCUCUCCAUUCAGCGAGGGUAGGUUUUUACCUGCGACCCUCAAGAGACUUGCAAUUGGGGGAUGCAGGGGCGUGGAGUCGCUGGCGGAGAUAAAUGUAGACCGUCUCCAGUCUCUUCAAGAGAUUUCCAUUAACGAUUGCGAGAAUUUGAGAAGCUUACCCCAGGGCCUGCACACACUAUCCCACCUCACUAUCUUGUGGUUGGAGUGUCCUGCUUUGGAGCUGGAGUGCUUCCCUCCUCUUCCACCCGGCAUCACGAGCUUUCGUCUUGAGGGGUGUCCGAAGAUCAAAGCGUUACCUAAUCAGUUGCUUCGACUUACGUGUCUCCGUGAUCUGUCAAUUGGAAGGUGUGAGAGUGUGACUCGAUUCCCUGACGGAGGAUUGCCGCCCCAGCUACAGGAACUUAGGGUAUGGGAAUGCGGGAAUAUGAAGCAGCCGGUGAGGGAGUGGCUUACCCCCCUCACCUCCCUUCAAUUACUGGAGAUUGACGGCAGCAGCAUUGGAGGAGGAGGAGGAGUGGGAGAGGAGGAGGAUCUUGUGCUUCCGCUCCCUUCCUCUCUGCUUUAUCUCCAUAUCGCCAGUAUGCCUAACCUGGAGAGACUGUCCAUCACUCUCCCUCCCUCUCUCCGGAACUUAUGGAUCUACAAUUGCCUGAAGCUGAGGGAGUUGCCCAAGGAUGAGGAUGGCCAUGGCCAUGGCCAUGGCCUCCCUCCCUCCCUUGAAUGGCUGAUGAUCCGAGGAUGUCCGAUCCUGGAGGAGGGAUGCAGGAAAGGGACCGGCUGCUAUUGGCCCCUCAUCCGCCAUAUCCCACAAGUAACACUCGGUAAUAUGGCACCUAUUCAGUCCAUUACUACUUGAAAAGGUCGGAGGUGGUGGGGGUGUGUGUUGGUUGGUUUGUGGA